CAAACUUAGACGAGUGAGCUCGAGCGCUACUGUUGACAACAGGAAAACCAGUCUGUCGAUGGGCUGAAAUCGUCAUGGCUGGCAGGAAAGUUGUCGAAGUGUACCUUGAUUUGCUGUCACAGCCAUGCAGGGCAUUGCAAAUAUUUCUUCGAUGCACCGCAAUACCGCACAAAGUGAACCGGGUUGCUCUUCGCAAAGGUGAACAGAAGACCCCAGAAUAUACGAAACUGAACCCAAUGCAGAGGGUGCCAGUUAUGGUUGACAAUGGUUUUGUUCUGACAGAAAGUGACGCCAUUCUGAAGUAUCUUGCUACCAAAUACAACGCGCCAGAUCACUGGUACCCACGUGAGCCACAGAGGAGGGCGAAGGUCGACGAGUACACCGCCUGGCACCACACCAACACACGUCCACAUGCGGCCAAAGUUUUCAUUCUAGAGGUGUUGAUGCCUCGUAUGACGGGCCAGCCCACAGAGGCGAUCAGGGUGCAGAAUGCCCUGGCGGACCUGAGUGGCACCCUGGACAGGCUGGAGGACAUGUUCCUGAAGAGGCAGCCCUUCCUCUGCGGAGACGACAUCAGCCUGGCCGACCUGCUGGCCAUCUGUGAGAUCAUGCAGCCCCUGGGUGGUGGACGAGACAUUCUGCACGAUCGACCCAAGCUGCUGCGCUGGAAGAGCAGGGUCCAGUCGGCCCUGAAAGACUCCUUUGACGAGGCACACGCCGUGCUCUACAGCCUGCGGGACAAGUCCAAAUCUAAAUUAUGAUGCUGCCGAGGCGAGGCGGUAUUGACAAGUCUGGAGUGACUUUCGGCGUGGAUGAAACAGGUGUAGCAGCUGUGAGAUCAAACUAAAUGAUUUAUGACUGAACUCUGCGGGCGUGUUUUCAAUUGAAACACUAGGCAUUUUGGAGCUUUGUCUUGGGGAGUUUCGUGAUCAGUAGUGCAGCAGAAGGUGUUCACACACAUCACAUACAGAACAGCAAGCACAGUAAAGGAUUCAAAAGUCAUAAUUUUACGCAUUUCAGAACAUUUCAUCAGUACCAGAUACGCUUUUUUUGUUUUUUUUUAUUUCCACAGUUGGUUAUAAUAGAUAUUCUUGUUGAUAUUAACUAUUGGAUAAUAAGUGAUUAACAACAAAACUAUCAAUUACCUUGACAGUAUAUGAUAAUCCAUUUCGCCUUCAAGAAACCUUUCAUUUCCAGUGAUGCCACCUCAUAAUUUAUACUGAUGACCCUUUUGCCUUAAUGAUUUUUUUUAAACUUAAACUUGACAUCACUAAUCCUUAUUAUUGAACAAUUGCUGUGUGGAUUCUGCCAUGGAGGUAGUAUAAGAACUGGAGAGAGUGAACAAGUCCCGCCUCCAGUCAUUUCAAUGGUAAAUGCUAGGCUAGUGAAUUCAGCCAAAAUUGAACGUUUUUUUUCAGCUUCCAAAUUGGAGGUAUUUCCACCAACACUUUACUCCGCCAAUUACGUGCCACGUUAAUGACUGACUUACAAAGACGGGCAUUGGAUGCAUGGAGGUGCCCAACCACAGACCUGUAACCCUAAACUUGUGUACCCACCUAUCAUCAUGAACGAAGUGAAUGUCGGAAGUGCGAAAAUGGCAACUUGCUAAUCGGCGAAGCUAACCAGCCAAAUCCUGCCCCCCUGGAUUCUGCACUGCACACCAAGACAUGUAACUUACUUUAAAGGAAAGAAAAGAAAAACGAAAUUGAUCACAAAUCUCAAGAGAACCGUUUAUUGUAAAAACAUGAUUCGAAGAAACAGGCUACAUAUAAAGGCUACGGAAUGUAUAAAAAAGACAAAUUUCUGGCAAUAUACAUUAUGUACACAAAUAAGUCACGUGACGUGACAUGCCUUGAGAGGUCCAGGCAGUCAUACGUGAUCCAGUGAUUAGGCAUCCUCUCUCUUCCUCUUAGCGGGAUGCUGCGCCCCCUCUCCUGCUCCCUCCUCCUCCUCCUCCUCCUCUCUUGACCUCCUGCUUGAGGAGGGCUGCGGAGGUGGUGAAGGCUGUGGUGGCGGGACCUGCGGCUGUGGCUGUUGGAAAAAAACAGUCAGUCAGUCUCUCUUUUUGUGGUCAGCCAAUAAACAAACCUAUUACUAUACUAUCAUAAUAAAGAAAAAGAUAAUUAUACUUUCACACUACUUCACCCUAAAAGACAAUAAUAAUAAUAAUUUGCAUGUGUUGAAAUGUGAUUUGUGUUUAUAUUUGUUUUUGAUCAACAUUUGCGAAUAUUAAUAAAAAAUCAUUUAUUUUCUCAA